GGGCUCUGCCCCUUGCUUUUGGCUCUCUCUCUCUCUCUUGCUCAUUCUCUCUCGUGCUUUGAUCUCUGCUUAACAACAGUAACGUCACAGCGACUAUACAGGAGAGUUUUGUUGGAAGUUAGAAAGUUUUGCAGCCUCCAGAGGGCUGUAGCGGCAGUAGCAGAAGCAGCAUCCAAGGGACUCCUGGAAGGGGAAGAGAGAGAGCGAGCGAGCGACUGACUCAGUCCUGCUGCAGAAAACUGACUCGAGACGACGGAGGCAGACAUGGAACAUCAGCUGCUGUGCUGCGAGGUGGAGACCAUUCGACGAGGCUACCUGGAUGCCAACCUCCUCAAUGACAGGGUGCUGCAGACAAUGCUGAAGGCGGAGGAGACCUGCUCGCCCUCCGUCUCCUACUUCAAGUGCGUGCAGAAAGAAAUCUUGCCAUAUAUGAGGAAAAUAGUUGCCACUUGGAUGCUGGAGGUUUGCGAGGAGCAGAAGUGCGAAGAGGAAGUUUUCCCCUUGGCUAUGAAUUAUUUGGACAGAUUUUUGUCGUUUGAACCUCUCAAGAAGAGCCGAUUGCAAUUGCUGGGAGCUACCUGCAUGUUUGUGGCUUCAAAAAUGAAGGAAACUAUUCCUCUGACCGCAGAAAAACUGUGCAUUUAUACAGAUAACUCCAUUAGACCCGACGAAUUACUGCAAAUGGAGCUGCUUCUGGUGAAUAAGCUGAAAUGGAAUCUGGCUGCAAUGACCCCCCACGAUUUCAUUGAACAUUUCCUUACUAAAAUGCCUCUGGCAGAGGACACCAAGCAGAUCAUCCGUAAACAUGCUCAGACUUUUGUGGCUCUGUGCGCUACAGAUAUUAAAUUUAUUUCAAACCCACCUUCCAUGAUUGCAGCUGGCAGUGUGGUAGCAGCUGUGCAAGGCCUGCAUCUGGGGAACACUAACACUUUCCUCUCCUAUCAAUGCCUCACACAUUUCCUAUCACAAGUUAUCAAAUGUGAUCCGGAUUGUUUACGAGCCUGCCAAGAACAGAUUGAAUCCCUCCUUGAAUCCAGUCUACGUCAGGCACAGCAGCACAACAUAUCUUCAGAAACAAAGACUGUAGAGGAUGAAGCAGACCUUUCCUGCACACCUACUGAUGUGCGAGAUGUGAACAUUUAAGAGGACUUCUUCUAAUGGGUUUGCUUGGCGAGAAAAGCAAAGAAAGGGCAUCUGAGAAGGAAUCAGCAUCAGGAUCUUCCCCCCAGAAACCCUUUUCUCCAGGACAUUUUUAUACCAGAAGGGAAAACCAGUCUUGCUAUAUUUUUUCUUGCUCUGUCUCCCUUCCAUCUGUGACUUCAAACAAACAAAUAAACAAACAAAAAAAAAUACCCCAAAAACUGUCUUAAAAAAAGAAAAAAAUAGUAUUUGCAUUACCCCCAGGGGUUUGUGCUACAAAAAUAGAGGAUUUUAUACAAUAAUAAUCAACUAGUUUUUAUAUUAAAGUGUUCUUGUCUGUAUGUUGUAAAAAUAGGCAUUAACACACAAAAUGUCUCCAGGGGAGGUAUUAGAUUUGAUUUCUUACAGAUAAAACCAACCAACCAUUUUUAAAGUAGAAGAGGGUUGUUUUUUUUUUUAGAUAGUAAAUGAAAUAUUCUUUU